AUGACUCCUUCAGUUGCAGAUGCUCAGCCAACUCCAGUAUUGAAGGAUGAGCUCGCUAGAAAGAUCAAGGCGAUACCCAAUGCUGAGAAUAUCAAUGGAGCACAGACUGGCUAUCAGAUCCGUGAGAAGCCCAUGGGAACUAAACGAAAGCUGAAGAUCAUUUUCAUGGGUAUGGGCUGUAGCGGCAUCAAUUUUGCCCACAAGCUUCAUCAAGGCAUGGACAAUGUUGAGCUCGUCAUCUACGAGAAGAAUAACGAUAUCGGUGGCACCUGGCUUGAGAAUCGCUACCCUGGAUGUGCCUGUGACAUUCCCAGCGUCUGUUACCAGUACAGUUGGGCCAAAUAUCCAGACUGGGAACGAUAUUACUCUGGCUCAAAGCAGAUUCAUCGCUACUUUCGCCAGAUCGCCGAAGACUACGACGUACUUAAGUAUGCACACCUGAACCACAAGAUCGUGCGUGCAGAAUGGCUACAGGAUAGAGGAAAGUGGAAGGUCGAGGUGAUGCGCAACAACGACCCUAACGAUGUCUUGGUCGACUACGCCGACUUCUUCCUCCAUGGUGGCGGUGUGCUCAACAAUUGGCGUUGGCCGCACAUCAAGGGCCUCAAAGACUUUCAAGGCCCACUGCUGCACACCGCACGCUGGGACGACUUGGUGGAUCUGAAGAACAAGCGAGUCCUGAUCAUUGGUGCGGGCAGCUCCAGCGUGCAGGUGGUGCCCGCCAUCAUUGAACAGGUUGACCAGCUGUACGUGGUGGCCAGAUCGCCCAUCUGGGUCACAGCUGGUUUCGCGCCCACGUACGCUGGUAAAGACGGAGAAAACUUCCACUAUUCCAAGGAAACGCAACAGAAGUUCAGAGAAGACCCACAAUUUUAUCUGGCUUACUGUAAAGCUAUCGAAUCUGAACUGAACGUACGGUUUAAGUUCUACAUCAACGGGUCUGCUAGUGCGAUCGAGGCAAAGGAAUACUCGAUCAAGGAGAUGCAGGCUAAGCUGGUCCAGAAGCCUGAGCUUAUGGACAAGCUGAUCCCCAAAGACUUUGGCGUCGGCUGUCGGCGACCCACGCCGGGAAAUGGCUUCCUGGAAGCGCUCACCCUGGACAAGACUACAGUCCUGAGCGAGGAAAUACAAGAAUUGACGGCAACAGGCUUUAUUGACGCCGCAGGCAAUGCCCAUGAAGUCGACGUGGUUGUCUGCGCAACUGGGUUCGACACCAGCUUCCGCCCAGCCUUUCCGGUGAUUGUCGACGGUAGGAACUUGCAAGACGACUUCAAUGACGGCAAUACAAUAGGAUACUUGGGUCUGUCAGUGCCAGCGGUGCCAAACUACUUUGUCUUUAUUGGACCGUACGGUCCCUUGGGCCACGGCUCAGUCAUCCCCAUGGUGGAGGCCUACACCAGCUACAUUAUACAGGUGCUGCAGAAAGUACAAGUGGAGGAUAUCAAGAGCGUCCGAGUCAACCGCUCCGUUGCCGAGGCUUUCACCAGUCACGCCGAUUUGUACCUGAAGCGCACCGCCUGGUCGGGACCGUGCAGCUCAUGGUUCAAGAACGGCAUUUCCAGUAGCAAGCCGCUCUGCUGGCCGGGCUCGCGCGUGCACUACCUGACCAUCCUGCAGAAACCGCGGUGGGAGGACUUCGAUCUCGACUACCUGUCCGAAAACCGCUUCAACUUCCUCGGCGACGGCUUUGAUGUCCGUGAGUUUGAUGGACGCGAUAUCACCUGGUACUAUGGCCUGCUGAACAACGAAGACAAGCAGCCACGCACGUUUCCUGACCCGGUCUACUGA